UGAGUUUCGGUAGGUUUGAGUUUGACCACUGCUCAUUGGGCUCCAUUCCUGUUUGGGACUAUUCCCGGUGAAAUCUCCCUCACUUCUCGCCCUUUCUCAUCUGCUUUCUUUGACUUGAUUGGGGCUUUUUCCUUCAUCAAAUCAAGACCACAGCUUCCAAUUUCCACCAAUUUUGGCGUCUCUCAAUCUCGUCGGGAGAAACUUUCAUGUGCUGCUAUUUUCCAGGAAGAUAGACGAACCUUUAUCAUUUUCAAAUAUUUGUAUAGUAAGAUGGGUUGUUUCACGGUUUUGAAGAGUAAGAAGAAAAAAUCAGAGCAGACCGUUUACAUCAACCGUGCUAAUCCUAAGGAUCAUUCACCUACGGUGCUUCCAGAACCCCAAAUCCAAACCCGGUCGCUGCAGUCUGCACCCCCAAGUUUUAGGACAAGAGUGAAACCCGUUCCCCCAGUCAAUAAAGUGACCAACAAUAGAAUACGGGCGUUAUCUGCUCCAUCAUCUCUUGAUGCUGCGGAGCAAGAUGCUCUUGCAUCAGUUGAAUAUGAGGAGCAGGAAGAGUCAAGGUACCAGACUGGAUCAAUAAAGGAACAACGAUCCCCAAAUCCACAACCUCUUCCUCUACCAUCACCCCAGAGUGCUGCUGCGUUGAAGACCACAGGAAGCUUUAAGUCAGGAACUGGCAGCGGGCCUCUCUGUACUUCUGGACCAUUGCCACUUCCUCCUACAGGAAUGUUGUACUUUUCAUAUGACGAAAUUGCUGCUGCUUGCUACAAUUUUACUUCAGACCGAUUUGUUUCAGAAGGUCUUUCUUCUGUUAUAUAUAAGGCUUCUUUUGGAGAUGAUGUUUCUAGUUCAAAGAAGUUCGAAGCAACUGUUACUCGCCUUCAUCCAUCCACUCUGGGUUUAAAGGAAUUCAUAAAUGAGGUAAACACAAUUGCAUCUUUGCAUCAUCCAAACCUCUGUAAAUUGCUUGGUUACCAUGCACGUGAAGGUUCAGAACAAAGAAUGUUAAUAUAUGAGCGACUCUUUCAUGGAAGUUUGGACCGACUACUGUAUGGGAGAUCAGAUGGGCCUCCCAUCGAUUGGAAUACAAGAAUGAAAAUUGCUCUGUGUGCUGCACAAGGUCUUACUUUCCUGCAUGAAGAAGGGCCGUUCCAGGCAAUGUACAGUGAAUUCUCUACUGCAAACAUCCAGAUUGACAAAGAUUUUAGUGCAAAGCUUUCAGGUUACGGCUGUGUUGGCCAAAUUCCUGAGAUGGAGAUCCCUAAUAAUACAGUCGCAGUGGGAAACCUUUCGGUAGAGACACUGGAGAAAAGAAUGCUCACUCCCAAAAGCAACGUUUGGAGUUUUGGCAUUGUUCUUCUAGAGCUACUUACUGGUCGGAAGAAUCUUGAUAGCCACCAUCCCAAGGAAGAGAGGAAUUUAGUUAAAUGGAGCCGGCCUUUCCUUGCUGAUGACUGUCGACUAUCACUGAUCAUGGAUCCUCAUUUAAAAGGCCGUUUUCCAGCCAAAGCAGCCAGGACAGUUGCUGACAUUGCGCAAAGAUGUCUUCAGAAGGACCCCUCAGAAAGACCCACCAUGAGAACCGUUGUUAAGCAUCUCAAAAGCAUACAGGACAUGAAGUAUUCCUGUCGCUUUCCUUUAAGAGAACCGGCAACCAUUGCUGGAAAACAGAUGUCGAGGUCACCGAGUCUAAAUGGAAUCAUUACCCCAGCUCCAAGGUUAAGUUUCUCACCUUCACCCCCAUCGAGAGCCCGACCAUCUGUUUCUCCGACUAGACGACCUGCUCUGCCAUUGUCUCUUCCUCCACGUGCUUGUUCCUCUACACUCAGUUUGGAGGAGUUUGAGCGCCAGGAAAGCCGUAAAUCAUCAUCAUCAACUCUUCGGAGGACCAGCGUUGAAGGUUUUUGAUUGUGCAUAAUGUUAAUUUUUUUAAAAAGAAAUUUUGGGUGCUUUUUUUUUUUAGGUGAUUCAACACAAUAUAUACAAGAUAAACAUGUGGUUCUUCCACCUUUCCAUCCCUUAAGAUGAUGAAAGAGAGGAUGUUCUUUUGUAGAUAGUGCAAAGCCCGAUCUGGGUUCAAUUAGUUUCCUCUAAUCCAGAAUGCAAUUUAUAUUAUGAGUUUGUA